GCCGGGCCGACCGUGGCUCCCCCCCGCGCGCCCGGAGCGCCAGAGCCUCCGCGCCGCGCCCCCGGCCCGGUCUCUCCCCGGUCUGCGCACGGGCCCGCGCCCGCUCGCUCGGCCAUGGGCGCCGCCGGCUCGUGGGCGCUGGGCCGCCUGGGGCUCCCCGCGCCGCGCCUUCCCGCGCAGCCCCGGCCCGCCUGGCUCGGGGUGGCCGCGCUGGCACUGGCCGCCGUGGCGCUGGGCUCGGUCGCCUGGCGCCGCUCGCGGCGCAGACGGCGCAGGCGGCGGCAGCAGGUGGGCACCGUGGCGCAGCUCUGGAUCUACCCGGUCAAGUCCUGCAAGGGGGUGCCGGUGAGCGCGGCGGAGUGCACGGCCCUGGGGCUGCGCAGCGGCCACCUGCGGGACAGGUUUUGGCUGGUGAUUAAGGAAGAUGGACAUAUGGUCACUGCCCGGCAGGAGCCUCGCCUCGUGCUGGUGUCCAUCACCUGUGAGGACGAUCGCCUGAUCCUCAGCGCUCCGGGCAUGGACCAGCUGGUUUUGCCGAGCAAGCUGCCUUUCUCAAACACAGUCCAUGACUGCAGGUUAUUUGGUCUUGACAUAAAGGGCAGGGACUGCGGUGAUGAGGCGGCUCAGUGGUUCACCGACUUCCUGAAAUCAGAAGCUUUCAGGGUGGUUCAGUUUGAAAAGGACAUGAAGGGAAGACCAUCAAGGGAGAUUCUGCCGCCCUUCGUGCAGAAUUACCAGGUGGCCUACCCGGAUUGCAGCCCGGUCAUGGUGCUCUCAGAAGCCUCCCUGGCAGAUCUGAAUACCAGGCUGGAGAAGAAAGUGAAGAUGGACCAUUUCAGGCCAAAUAUUGUGGUGACCGGCUGCAAGGCUUUUGAGGAGGACACCUGGGAUGAACUCCUAAUUGGCAGUGUAGAAAUGAAAAAGAUUCUGUCUUGCCCCAGGUGCAUCAUGACCACUGUGGACCCGGACACGGGAGUGAUAGACAGAAAGGAGCCCCUGGAAACCCUGAAGAGCUACCGCCUGUGUGAUCCUUCUGAGAAGCAAAUAUAUAAGUCGUCCCCACUUUUUGGGAUCUAUUAUUCAGUGGAGAAAAUUGGAAGCUUGAAAGUUGGAGAUCCUGUGUAUCAGAUGGUAUAGUGACGGACCCACCCAGGUCUCAGCGUCCAGGAGGCAUUGAUCAGCAUUUUAAUGACAGCAACAGUAUGCACCUUGGCAAGUCAUUAUUACUCAGCCUUUGACCAUCUUCACCCUGGAAAUGAAUCUCUAUUUUUGAUGUUUUGGAGUUACGCAUUCUCCAAGUCAAUACAAAGAAAGUAUAGGUGAUUUGGGAAUAAUAAGGUAUAUAGAUUUUAGGCAAUGAAGACAUUUUAAGCAUAUAAAAUUGUCUAUAAAAUUAUUUUGCCUGUUAACUAUAGCUGUUCUACUUCUCAAUUCCCGACAUUCUGAUGAGUAAAGAAAGUUUAAAGAAUCAGCUAACAAGCUGCAAAAUUUUUUGAAAAUGUUUAGAUUUGAUUACCUGUCAUUCCAGGGUUUAGUAGAAAUGGGAAACAAUAGGUCAUUGUUUUCUGAUGUGACCUUACACGUUAACACACUCACAAAUUCCUGCUGUAAGUCUUUACAUGACUAUUGAAUCCCGUAACUUUUUGCUCAAGUCUUUUUGAGCCCACCAUUAUGGAAUCAGGUUGUACUUGAGCGUGGAAAUUAUUUUAUAGCCCUUAUUUUUAUAUUCAGUUAUGCCUCUAUUAAGGCAUAUAAAAGUCAUCUGUGUGUAACUGCCCGACAGACCUCCUGGAAUUCCAAGUAUGAUAAAGAAGAGGAUGGACAGGAUUUAAAAGAGAAUGGGAUUUUGAAAGCGAGAGCAGGAGAAGGAGAGUAUGAACAUAUUUUUUUAGGCUCAAAUAAUUUUCUUUUGUAACAAAGAGAAAUGAACUAUUUUGGUAUGACUAAAUGAAAAUUCUCACCGAAGUGCUGUCAAACAAUUAAUCCACUUAGAAUUUUGUGGUUUCUUUAAUAUUAAUAAAUGUGAAUCUCAAUUUUA